GCAUGGACAGCACUACGCGGUGCUAAGGCAGUCGGUGGAGAUGACAAGGUUUUGGAUGCCGCUUUACUGAUCUUUGCCGUCAUCGCGGUCAGGAGUUUACGACACGCUUCCGAUCUUGCACGAAUGGAAGAUGUGGUGGAGCUAUUGUGUACUUCUAUGGAAAUAUCCCCCGAUGACGAUAUAUUACUACCUCCCCCUGAGGAAGCAGAGGAAGGAGACGAAAAAACUCAGCGGUUCAGCAAAUCAGAGUUGUCGUGGGCCCGCAAACUGGGCCUUUCCAAGUCGGACAUGACCAAUUUGGCGAUGUUGAGAACAAGUAUUCAGGAUAGCCAAGUUGUAUUACCAGACCAAAUAGCCUCACAUCGCCUCCUCGCCUCUGAAAGCCUCGUCAAGGUUUCCGAGACCGGUUACACACUCCCUAGCACCGUUACACAAUCGGCUGUCAAGGCCCUUGUGGAGGAACUAUCCCAAUUGUCUGGUGCUAAUGAAGAUUUCAAGCCAGACCGAAAAGUAGGAUUUCGGCAUAUUUAUAACUGCAUGCGCUUGUUGGAAGGUACCAACAUUCAGAAGCAACUCAGUCCCGCGCCAGAUGCGGACGAAUUACGAAAGGACCUAGUAAUCAACUUGGCUCGAUAUACAGGCCUUUGGCCCAACCUGGACGAGAGUAUGGAGCUCGCUCUUCGACUGUUAAUAACCAUAACAAGCGACGACGUGGAGAUGAGCGAGUCUUUAUCUUCUGAGCCAAAUAUGAUCCAUAACCUCUUACGGCUAUUUGUCCGAUGGUACAAGAAGAAAUUCCAUACUACCGAAAGCCAUUCGAAAUCCAAAAAAGGAAAGAAGAAAAGAGAAAGUGAUAUAGAAGUAGAUCCCGAAACCGAAGAGGUACCAAAUCUACUGGAAAGGGUCAGCAUGUCGCUAGGACUGGUCACACAGCUAGCGAAACAAGUCGACUCUGCCAAACAACAUAUCCUAGAGACCUAUCUGCCAAUGCAAAGACUCUGCACCAGCCCUCCAGGAGAGGCCGAAGCUCAAGCUCAUUUCCUCCAUGGACACAUUGGGAUUUUAUUGGCCAUUCUUUGUACUCAUGACUCUUCUUCUCGAUCUCAAGUCAUACCCUACCUCCGUCCACGCAAAGCUUCUGCCAAGGACAAGACUCGCGCCCUUGUGGAGGUGGUCCGGGAAUUCAGCAGUCUACUGUCGACAGUGGUGAGCAAGGCCAACGAAAGAAGUUCACCCGAGGACGAAGAAUACGUGGGAGAAGUAGCAUCAGAUGAAGGUGUCUUGCUAGCGCAGACGAUGGUUCGCAAAUUAGAGAGUUUGCUAUGA